CUUCCCAAACUGAAACUGAAACUAAAGGCGCAUCUUUCGGAUGUUGUGUCUACUUUUUCGAGCUCGUACUUUAGGCGUUUUCGUUGCAUGAAUGCAUUAUAAAUAUGGAUUCUGUUAGCACGCGCUUACUCCAAGAUGUGCAGACCUGCAAUUUAGGUGGCAGUCAAGGGUUAACUAUGAAUCAGGUUGCAGAUGCGGAUAGUGUUCCUACGCAGAUGGUCGAUAAAUGUCACCGAGUCAAGAUGUGGCAGCAAACUAAUUAUCUCUCAGAUUCUGGCAUUCACAGCGCUGUUGGGACUCAUACACCAAGUAUCAGUAGCAAGGUAGAAUGUGAUGACGCUGAAGCAGACGAUCGUUAUUUAACUCAAAAACCGGGUCAUUUACCUCAUUGGUCAUCUUUUCCACUUUCUGUUAACCCGUCGGACUCUUGUCUUUUGUCUCCAGCUACACCUAGUACAAGUAGCAUUCUAGGCGUUGACUCCUUAAGUGAUGUUGGUGGCUCCCACUCUGCAAGUAACGUUGAUCUACGAGGAAACAAGCUACCAGAAAUUGAUACCGAUGAGGCUGCAGGAGCCAUACCAGAACUUGUCAAACUGAUCAAAGAUGAAGAUGACCAGGUUAUUAUUUACCAGUCAUCAAUGAUGGUUUUCCAAUUGAGCAAGUCGGAAGCUAUCGAUGCCCUUAUAAAGUCGAGAGACAUGAUAGACUGUAUUAUAUCUGCUCUGGAUCGAACAGAAGAUCCAGAAACAGUUCGUUUUCUUGCUGGUACAUUAUAUAACAUUUCGCAGAUGCAACCUGGGCUCAAGGCAAUAUUUGCCGCACAAUGUAUCCCCUCUCUUGUUAAGCUUUUGAAUUCACCUGUAGAAUCAGUUUUGUUCUAUGCAAUAACGACGUUACACAAUCUUCUACUUCAUCAAGAUGGAGCGAAAGCCGUUGUAAGACAGAGUGGGUGUUUACAAAAGAUGACUGCUCUAUUGCGGAAAAAUAACAUUAAGUUUCUCACCAUAUGUACUGAUUGUCUACAAAUACUGGCUUAUGGUCAUCAGGAAAGUAAACUGCAAAUUCUUUGCAGCGGGGGGCCCGUUGAACUGGUUCGGAUAUUAAGAACAUAUCAGUAUGAAAAGUUACUUUGGACCACGGCUCGAGUUCUCAAAGUGUUAAGCGUGUGUGCUAGUAACAAGCCGGCUAUUAUUGUUGCUGGAGGAAUGGACGCUUUAGCAAAGCACUUACAUAGUUCAAGUCACCGGUUAGUAUUAAACUGCCUUUGGGCACUUCGCAAUUUAUCCGAUGCUGCGACAAAAAUGGAUAAUCUCCAGCCUUUGUUGCACUCAUUGGUCCGUUUAUUGGAUUGUGGUGAUAGCAGUAUGAUUACAUGCGCAGCGGGGAUCCUCUCCAAUCUAACGUGCAAUAACCACGCAAAUAAAUUUAUCGUUUUUAAGAUGGGUGGUGUAGAGGCGCUUUUGCGUGCGGUCAGUCAACCUGCUGUUAAAGAAGAUAUCCUAGAACCAUGUAUGUGCGCUUUAAGGCAUUUAACAAGUCGUCAUGAAGAGGAAGAAACAGCAAGACAUGCCUUGGUUCAUGAACUCAACGGUUUGCCGAUUAUCGCUCGAGUUUUACAUGCAGCAACUGCUGGUAUUUGUCCUGAUCUUGGUUUAGUCUGUCAACAUCCUCAGAAUCCGGUGGUAUCGUGGAUGCUUGUUAAAGCUAUGGUUGGCCUUUUGCGCAAUCUGUCUGUCACCUUAGAUAGUCAUUAUGGUAUGCGUGAAUGUGGGCUUGUCACCGGUUUGUUUUUACUACUUUAUGCAACGCAAUAUGAAAUAAUUAAAACUACCUACUUGGACAUCAAAAUCCCCUUCUAUAAUUCAGUCGGUUAGUCGUCGUAAAUGUAGAGCCUGGAACAGAUGGGAGUUGUCUCAAAUUACCAUACUACAUUAGUACGACGAGAUGAAUAGCAAAAGAGAGGAAUAAUUUGGCAGUAGUGGUAGUGGGACGAACUGAAUAUUGAGUAUAUGUUUCGAAAAGACAGUUGAAAAGUAUGCAUAAAGCUGUACUGGAAUUCUAGAUCGAGAGAAAGAUGAAUAAAGACUGAAUGCAUCUGCGCCGUCGCAACCGAUACUGAGUGAUGUCACUCAAAUUUGCAGUCACCGAUCACGGUUUCCGUGCGGACCCCGACCAGGUAGUUUGCUUUGUCCACUUGACUCAGUUGAAAACUUUGAUCUACUGAUAUUUGUUGAUAUUUAAUAUACUUGUAGCAAACGUCUGUUGAUGUUGUUUUACCACAAAUCUUCGAAUCUUCCUGGUUUCAUGUAUCAAGUUGUGUGGUGCACCUGAAUUGUGAGUCAUAUGUACUACCAGUGAUGUCACCCGUUUUCUCAAUGUAGGAAAUCGGAAGAGAAUUUGAACUCAAAUUUGUUUGUGCUACUGCUCCGCUGUUUCGUAUGUUAGGAGAGCUGAACAGUGGAAGGCAUGUAAUAUGAAUGGAGUUAUUUUCCAAUGGUAUCUUGUGUGUUUAUCCUUUGCAGUGUAAGCUUGUUCGCAUAACACUAAUUCUAGUGGUCUAUGCUAGUGUCUAUGAAUUCGGAAAUUUAUAACCAAUUUAUUUUAUAUUUCAUUUGAAUCAAUAACAUUUUCAUCAUUGAGUUGCCAAACUUAUUAUAAUUUUGCUUAUUACAAAUUAAAGUUAUUAAAAAUUUUCAUUCAUAUUUUAGCGUUCUGUUUCUGCCACUCAUCCAACAUUCUCAACGGUAGUGCAAAGUGUUAGACUCGAGGAGAUUGUGGAAGGGAUUUGUGGUGCACUUCAUAUGCUAGCGAAAGAUCAUGCUACUCGGUCUUAUCUAGCUCUUCUAAAGGCUCCAGCUUUAAGUAUAACUCCAAGUAUUCAAUCUGGCUCUUCUGGUCUUGCGAUAUUCGUCGAACUUCUCCAUUCGCCUCAUGAGUCCAUUCAGCGUGCCUCAGCAGGCGUCCUCGCAGAGGUUUCACAGGAUCGUGAUGGCCUUGAGGCUUUAGCUACCUUACCUGGAGCAGGCUCAAGGUUCGAUGAACUGGUUCGCUCUAGGAAUGAAGCUAUCUCAACUUAUGCAUCUGCAGUAGUCAUCCGACUAGCUGAAGAACGUAGGGGUAUAGGCAGCAACCCGUACAUUUUUUCAUCUCAUAUAGAAUCGCUAAAUACCCCACCUUUACCAAUGGAUACAGGAGAAGUUUAUCAUGUGCCUACUGUUCAUCCGGGGGGCACUUUGCAUCCUGAAAUGCCUUCAUUAACUCAUCAUGGGAGUUGGAACCAUGGUCCCUUACAGACUCAUCCUCAAGAAUCUGGAAACACAUGUGGUAGUCCUUCCAACUCGUUGAUGGAGAUGCUUGGACCAUUUCCACCUGGUUGCAAGGGUUCUGUGUGCAAUGAUUGUUGCUCUUACUGGGGUGAUUGUGAUCCUCCUGGGACUUGCUCCGAUCCAAAUUGUAUUUAUAAUGGCAAUAAUAAUCAAUCAUCUGGAACGUACUCUGAACUGCAACCAGUAAAAUUAUACCACAACAUACGCUCACCAAGUCGUACUGGAUUUGUGGCUUGUGGAAAUAUAUAUUCUGUGGGGCCAACACUUGUGUCUUCAUCUGUUCAGAAUAUUGACAAUACUCACCAGUUACAGGGAUCUAAUCCCGUUUUGCCCACUGGAAUGAGUGUGGUGCCACGCAGGUCAUGUGUCGGGAGUAUAAGUUCAAGUGGUUAUUUAAGUCCGGGUGGUGAUAUGUUUUUAAAUCCUUCACCUUCAGAAUACAAGCCGUUUCACGAAGAUAACCAAGGUAUCUUAAGACCAUCACUUUUAGAUCAACAAACACACGCUGCUUCGAUUUCUUCACCUGCAAUACCUUCACGAAAUGUUAGUGCUGGUUAUCUUAGUCCCGAUUUAAUGGCUUUAGAAGAAACCGACCCUGAUUGGUUUGGAGGCCCUGCCGUAAUGUGAAUCUUUCUUUUUUUGGAGACGAAAGUUAGACUUAAUUUUUAGUCUUUUUUAAAAAUACUGGUGCCUCUAGGCUUUCAACCUGAAAGCCAUUUCCUUUUCUUGCUGCAAUAAACGUACAGCAGUUGGUUUUCUUCUUUCUGAUCCAUUGUUACACACAAGCGCAUCUACCCACCCAUCUAUUCAUGAGUAUGAAUACAAAGGGAAAAAAUAAAAUGUCCAUUUGUUUUUUCUCCAAGCAAUUGUAUGUUAAGCUUUUCGAUUUUCGAUGGAAUGUUUUAUUUUGAAAUUUUGUUUUAUACGGAAUAUGAAUUCCAGUUGCCUUUUUAAUUUACAGUUGUUAUAGUUGGAUAAAUAAUAUGUUAUGUGAUUGGUGGGAUUGUUGACUUUCUUAUCGCAUAUUGAAAUAUAGAUCAAAUUUUCUACACCUAAAUAAACACUGAUUAAAGAACUGAACAAGAAAAAAGCAACAUGAUAUGAUUCAGUUUAGGUAAGUAGGUACUUUUGUUAUACCUUUCGUUAUUCUUGAAGCAAAGUUGAAUAGCUCAUCAAUGUAUGACAAUGUGUUGUUUGUCUUAAUUUGUUUUUACUUUUUUUAUUGUAACUAACUCGCUGUUGAGUGAUCUACCGUUAUUUCGAUUGUCGUUUUUAAAAAAUAUUGAGUAGCCUACAUUAUACAUAAUAUUGAAACACAUUUUAAAACUUUUACUAAGCUUAUUCUUACUUUUUACUACUCUGCACACCACUUUUAGCGCCAUCAUUAUUUUAUUUCUUACUUUUGAAUACCACUAAUCAACACAUACACACUCAUACUUAUACACUUUUUAUCAAUCCAGCGGCAUUAUUUAUGUUAUUACUAUUAAUCAUAUUUGUUUGUCCCUUUCCAAGUUUUGACUGUUUUUGCUUUUUCUUUUUCUCUAAAUAAUUAUGAUUACGAUCACUAGUUCACACAGAGCACCUUGUUCUGGAUAUAAACAUUAUUAUUUCAUGUUAUGUUUUCUUUUACAUGAUGUGUGGAUUACUACUUGCUUUGGUAGUAUGUAAGCACUCAAAUAAUCUAUUCGAACUACUUCAAGCAGUUGGGGUCACCACCAAACAUAAUUAGCGCUACGAAUUCGACGAUUACCAAAUAAACAGACAUCGAGUAUCUUCAGCUU